AUGCAAUGCAAAGAAAUUUACGAAAAAACAACUGAGGAGAGAGACUUACGAGAUGCUUACGACAUUUAUCUGUCAUACCAAGGAGUGAUCAGAGAGGUAAAACAGACUACACGAGUAAGAGUGGAGUUUGACGCAUCGAGCAAAGGAGUGAACGACGUGUCUUUAAAUGACAAUAUUCUCGUCGGACCUACAUUACAGAGUGAUCUACGUAAUAUUCUAGUGAGAUGGAGAUAUCGUAGAGUUUGUACAGUUGCAGAGUUAUUUAAUAUGUAUCGUCAAGUUGUCAACGAGCAAGACACAGAUUUCCAAAGGAUACUGUGGAGAUCAAAUCUAGAACGACAUGUUCAACAUUACCAACUACUGAGACUUACCUUUGGAACAUCUUGUGCAACUUACGUAGCUGUGAAGUGUCUGCAACAACUAUCAAAAGAUGAGCAACCAGAUUAUCCCUUAGCAGCACAAAUUACACUACAAUAUUGCUAUAUGGACGAUUUACGUACCGGAUGUAAAACCACAGAGCAAACUAUCGACAACUAUCAUCAAAUGAAUACUUUAAUGAGAGCAGGUGGUUUUGAACUUCGAAAAUGGUGCAGUAACAGCGAAGUGGAACACAUCUGUAAAGAGAAUCAAAGAAAAAAUCAGUUAUUACAUUUCAAGUAUAAUGAGAACAUCAAGAUAUUAGAUAUUACCUGGAUCAAAACAAACUAUGAAUUUCCGCAUCACUUUCAAUUACCUAAAGUUAAAGAGAAUCGAGAGGAUGUAACUAAAAGAAAGCUGUCUGAAAUAGCGCGUCUUUACAACCCAAUGAGCUGCAUAACAUCAAUUGGCGUUAGAGCGAGGAUGUUUAAACAAAACCUGUGGAGAAUAAAAUUAUCGUGGGAUGAGAAGAUCACCCCGCAACUAUUACACGAGUGGCAACAAUUCAAAGAUGACUUAUUUAAACUAGAGGAGAUAAACAUACCGAGAUGGUUACGCAAUAAAAUAUCUGAGAUACUUACCAAGCUAGAACGAGAGCAGUGGAGAUACGUGGCUAUACAUCAGAACCCGGCUGUCAGCGCGUCUAGAGAACUAGGAGAAAUGUCUGAUCGAGCUAAAUCUAAAUUACCUGAGGAACUUUAG